CUUCUCAAAACCUUAUAGUUUGUUGAAAACACUACAAAAUUUGUACCAAGAGCCAUCUAUGACGUCAGAUUCCGAUCUCUCUUUUCUUGAUUCAAUUCAAACCCAUAUUCUCCAUGAUUCCGACACCUCUGAGCUUUUUCCGGUGAUGAGUACUUCACUCGCGGUGACGUUGGAGGGCACUUCAGAAAAGAUGAAGAAGCAAGAACCGGACCAGGUGGCGGCGGAAGGCAAUCACGCACCGUCCGAGUGGAGGAAGUUUCGUGGUGUCAGAAGACGGCCGUGGGGGAAGUUUGCAGCCGAGAUAAGAGAUCCAGCGAAGCGUGGUGCUCGGAUAUGGCUGGGGACUUACGAGUCGCCAGAGGAUGCAGCUUUCGCUUACGAUAAAGCAGCUUAUAAAAUUCGUGGGUCUCGAGCGAUGCUAAAUUUUCCGCAUCUUGUCGGAAUCAACGUGGCAGAGCCGGUGAGGGUGACUCCGCGCCGCAGGACAAAGGAAGCCGUGUCUCCACCGUCGUUGUCAUCGGAGGAUGGUGGUGGUGGUGGUUUAAAGCGGUCUAGAACAGGUACGGGUGAUACUUCAACGGUGGAUGAUGACUUAUAGACUAGAUUAAAUAAUGCCUUAAAAACAUAUCUCAAUCGUAUUUAUUGUUAAUCAUGGGAUUGUUUGAAUAUUGUGACAUUUUAAUUUGAACUUUAUUUCAGGAGAAAAUAAUCAUGAUUUCUUUAA